UAGUCUGCCAAAGGCAGCGCUUGCCUUAGCAAGUCUGACAUUGACUUCAUUGUCAAUGACAACGUUUCUUGAGAGUGUGCUGCCGAGGUAUGUCAACUUGUCCACCACAUUUAGACGUCCGCUUAUUGUGAUGUAGGGUUCAACGUAAGGCUUUCCUGGAGCUGGUUGAUGUAAUACUUCAGUCUUCUUUGUGCUGAUGGUAAGGCCGAAGUUGUUGCAGGCCUCAGAGAACUUGUCAGCACUAUGCCGCAUGUCAACCUCUGUGGAAGCAUUGAGGGCGCAAUCAUCAGCAAACAGGAAGUCAUUGAUAGUCAAUUUCCUGUUUUGAAGAAUGAUUUGAUUCUCCGAGCAGCAAGAGGUGAAAGAACAGAGAGAGUUCCUGUUUGGUUAAUGAGGCAAGCAGGCAGAUAUCUUCCAGAAUUUCGUGAGAUGAGGGCUGAACAUAACUUCUUCAAAGUCUGUCAGACUCCUUCCUUGGCAUGUGAAGUCACAUUACAACCAAUACGUCGCUUUGAGCUUGAUGCUGCUAUCAUCUUCAGUGAUAUUCUGGUGAUCCCUCAAGCUCUUGGUUUAACUGUUGAGAUGAUCCCUGGCAAGGGUCCUUCAUUCCCGGAGCCCUUGACCUCACCCAAUGAUCUCUCUCGUCUCAAUGCAGGAGUCAAUGUUAAUGAGGCUCUUAACUAUGUUUUUGAGGCAAUUACACUGACUCGUAAACAACUGGAAGGGAAGGUCCCUCUUAUAGGAUUUUCAGGAGCACCAUGGACACUAAUGGCUUACUGUAUAGAAGGUGGGGGGUCAAAUACAUUCUCUAAGGCAAAGAAAUGGUUAUAUACCCAACCAGAGGAUAGCCAUAAACUCUUACAGAUUCUUACUACAACCAUCGUGGACUAUCUUGUAGGUCAGGUCCUAGCUGGAGCUCAGCUUCUGCAGGUAUUUGACUCUCAUGCUGGUGCCCUGGGAUAUGACAUGUUUUGUAAGUUUUGUCUUCCAUACCUUCAACAGAUUGCCAAGGAAGUUAAAGACAAACUCAGAGCCAAGUCAGUAGAUCCUGUCCCUAUGAUUGUAUUUGCCAAAGGAGCUAACUAUGCAAUCAAUGAACUAUCACAAUGUGAUUAUGAUGUCAUGAGUUUAGAUUGGGAUGUACAGCCACAAAUAGCAAGAUCUCAAGCUGGACCAAACUUUCCACUUCAGGGUAAUCUAGAUCCUUGCGCCCUCUACAGUUCAAAAGAAGAGAUAAGUUUGUAUGUUGCUCAGAUGUUGGAACGGUUUGGAACUCAGAAUUACAUAGCAAACCUUGGUCAUGGCAUCUAUCCAGACUUUGAUCCAGAACAUGUAAAGGCUUUCAUUGAUUCAGUUCAUCAACAUUCUGAAAAUAUGAACAAGACAGGCCAAGCAUGACCCAAUCAGGAAUUUAUAGCAACUCAUUGGGAGAUUUAAAGUACGGUGUUGAAUACUAGUGUUGGUGUAUGCAUUUGAUUAAUACACCAGACACAACAUCAAACACUGACUUGAGGGUAGUGUUGGGAUAAGUGUCACUUGGUCUUUAAAUAUCAAUGACACAAAAGUUUUCAAAGUUUAUUUUUGGAGCCGAGGUAAAUUACCUGAUAAACGUCAACAACAAAAUUGUUCAUUAAAUUAUGUAUCACUGAUUCCAAAUGGGCUAUUGUAUUUGAGUGAAGAUAUAUAACAAUUUAUUUAUGUAUUCAUCUAUUUAAUGGUUACCUGCUUAUUGUAAUGAUGAAAUGGUAUGUAAAGGCCACAUUUUGAUUGGAGCAUAUCCCAGAAGAGCUUAGAUGUUAACCAUUUUUCUAAAAGCAAUGUUUCCACAUAGAUGCAUUUCCAAAUGAUAUUAAGAUGUUUAUGUAAAUCAAUCUCAAUAAUUAUUGUACGUACCAUAUACUUACCAUUGGUCACAUUUGCUCUAUGGUGACCAUACGGCGAGUCAAAAACAGCUCUUUAUGAAUCUUAAUUCAAACCACCCAUAUGUAGCUGGUACAAAUUAAUGUUAAAAUGGGUAUUUUCGCCUCGCCUUACAGCCGCCGAAGAGCAAAUGUGACCGAGGUAUUACUUGACUCUUGAACCAAGAGUUGAGUGUUCGAGUCCCAACUGGCCCCAGGUUUUUCACUCUCCACCCAUGUGUUAAAUGAGUACCCAGUAGGAUGUGAACGUCAAUGUGAUUAGAUUGGCAUGUGUGCACCGAUUAACGGUUGCCAGGUGGCCAGGAUACUCCCCGUGCAGUGGAGAUGUUGCACUUUAUGUGAGGAACACUGAUGGAUCCUAUAACGGGCCAUGAUUAUUACAAUGUAAAGUGCUUAGAAACACACAGUAUGAAGCGCUUUAUAAAUGUAACUAUUGUUAUUGUUAUCAUCAUAGUGAAUAUUUUAACAUACUUGAAUGAAUGGAUGAACAGAUUUAUACAAAUUCCUUGUUAUAAAAUGCAAAUUAUGGACAUAUUUUUCAUAGUAUUGUAAUUAUGGUGAUGUUGGUGAUAAUUAUGUUAAUUGGUAUCAUGGACAGGCAACUACAUAUUCCUCUAUCCUGCUCUUGUCAUUCUGCACAUGUGUUUCCAACUAUUACCUGCAUUUAAAAUCAACUAUGUCUACAGGUGUCUUCCACUAUAUUUAUCUCAUUGUCCAUGAAAUAAGAUUUAAUUAUUGUUGGACAAUUAGUUUAGGGUAACUUGUUUUAAGUUGGUGAUAUUUUUCUCUCAUAGAAGCCACAUAAUAGCCUUUAUUCAGUGAUCCAGCUGAUUUGUUAGAUCUGGGCACUCUCAAGAUCAAAGAUUUGUUCUUGAUCCAAUCAACAAGUAUGGAAAGUCAGCAACAUCAACAUCUAAAAUGCAAAAAUGCAUUUUUUUUUUCAAAAUAUUUUUUUUGAUACUAGUACAUUGGGUUUUUUAUCUUUGAAAAUUCAGUGUGCUUCUCUUUUUUGGUACCAAGGAUAUUGUGCAAAUUGUCAUCAUGCUUCCUGGAGGAAGAAUGAUGACAUUGAUGGAUUUCCAUUUAGUGAGAUUGAUUGGAUCAAUCAUAACUCUUUGUAAGACAGAUCCCAGUUCUACAAUUUUUUUUAUUUGGUCAUUACUGUUUUAAGAAGUCAUGGUUAUUUAGUCAUAGCGUUUAUUUUCAGACUCUUCCACCUUAUUAAAAUAUUCCAGAGUUUUUAGCACCCAUAACAACGGCAACAUUAGGGCCCGUUUCAUAACGGACUUGCAGCUGUUGUAACUUUGCCAUAAUGGCAACUACCAUGGUAACAGAUAAGGCUCAGCAGCCAAUCAGAAUCAAGGUUUCCAUGGUAGUUGCCAUAGUGGCAAAGUUACAACAGUUGCAAGUCCUUUAUGAAACAGGCCCCAGAUCUGCGGUUCGCGUGCAAAAUUCUUGUUAAUACUACAUGCAUACUAACAGCGACAUGUCCUGCAUGUGACACCAUGCAUGCCAUAAACAUUUUGCAAUUUGUGACAUGAGAAAAUCCUGUGCUUUCAUGUACGACUGCUCAGCAUAGUAUGCCCGCCACUCUACUGGGCUAGACAUGUCAUGAGAAGCUGUAGUGGUGUAUCAUGGCAUGUAUGAGAAAGUGGUUCUUCAAACAGAUCAAGUAUAUAUUAUUGAGGCAUAAAAAAAACUAAGUGAAUGAAGGCUUAGGUAUAUAUCAUUACACUCUAUGGAAUUUAUAUAGCAUCUAACAUGGAUUAUUGGUGGAUCUCUGGCAAUUAAAUUUGUGCAUCAUAUUCACCUCUCUAGCUAUUAGCAUUUCGCAUGCAUUGAUAUAUGCACAGCAAAGAAAUCUAUCCAGAUUUUUUUUUUUGCUGGUUCCUCCUACACAAAAUGGCAAGCCUGCUCGCUCACUGUAGGUGAAGGACAUAUGCCCCAUGGGCAUUAUAUUUUACCUUCCCCCAAAAUGGGGGAUUAGAUCUCAAAUUAUUCUUUCAUUAUUAGGAAAUUACAUGUAUACCGAGAUGGUGGUGAUUAUAGGACUCUUUUUUUUCCAAAUCCUGAAACCAUUAUACACCUAUAUUUUGAUGAAAAUGUUGUUUUAAUGGGAAAAUCAAGAACUUAUUUUUGGGCGUAGGUACAUUGUACCCUGUACAGAGAGUGCAAUAAUAUGAGAAUGUAUCUAGAGGUGACUGUUGCUUCCAUAAUACAGAGGCACUCUCUACAAUGACUAUCAUGUGGCAUCACUGUUACCAUAGUAGCAACGAACUGCAGAUCUAAUGUCCCUGUUGAGGUUGCGAAAGUCAAAAUUUUCACGUCAUACAAAUGUCAUACUAAAAGUCUCUUAAAAAUCAAUUAGCGUCAUUGAAAUCCAUUUUCCUUGUUGAGCGAAAAGUGCCUAUUCAAUAUUUUAGGAGGUACAGUAGUAGCUUAGCACAAAAAAUACAGGUAAAGUAGUAAAACUCUACCCUCUACAAGUCGUACCUUGUCUUAGUUAAAUUUUCCUUAGUUGGAACAGAUUUAUUUUUGGUCUGAAAGGAUUUGACCAAGGUUAAGUUAAUUGUACUUGGGAAUGUUUGCUUUAAUACAGUAAAAGUUAUUACUAGGAGGAAUAUUGAGCUGGGUAAUAAUGUAUCACUAUGUGUUUUAUUAGAGGGCUAUGAAUGUAUAUUUUGUACUCAUACUGACAAAUGACAAAAAAUGUUGCAAUAAAUACAAUUGCAUUAGCUCUUCAUA